UGGAAGCAAGAAAAGAAGAAAGAUGAAACUUCUCCUUCAGCUGAUACAGAUCUUCUAGACAGAGACAUAUUCAAAUGCUUCCAAAGCUCAGGGAAAAUUCCUAAAUCAGAUUCCAUCACUUUGACCAAAUACUAAGAAGAAGAAAGAUGUUCUUGAUCAAGAACCUCAGACGAAUCUCGCCGACAACCUCCUCGGCCCUGAUCGGAUUCAGAAACACCGGAUCACCCCCUCUCUCCUCCCGUUUCUGCACCACUCUUCAUCAACACCAACAGGUCCAGUCUCCGGCUCCCAAUGGAUUGGAUCGGAGCCGUUACGAAGGUUUGGCACCGACGAGAGAAGGAGAGAAACCGAGAGUGGUGGUUCUCGGGUCGGGCUGGGCGGGUUGUCGUUUGAUGAAAGGGAUCGAUACGAGCAUCUACGACGUCGUUUGCGUUUCCCCUAGGAACCACAUGGUCUUCACUCCUCUCCUCGCUUCUACUUGCGUAGGCACUCUCGAGUUCAGGUCCGUCGCUGAGCCUAUCUCUCGUAUCCAGCCUGCCAUCUCGAGAGAGCCCGGCUCGUUCUUCUUCCUCGCUAAUUGCUCUCGCCUUGAUGCUGAUUCUCAUGAGGUUCACUGUGAGACUUUAACUGAUGGCUUGAACACGUUGAAGCCAUGGAAGUUCAAGAUAGCUUACGACAAGCUUGUGGUAGCUUGCGGCGCAGAGGCCUCCACUUUUGGAAUCCAGGGAGUUCUAGAAAACGCCAUCUUUCUCCGUGAGGUUCACCAUGCUCAGGAGAUUCGCAGGAAGCUUCUUCUAAACCUCAUGCUCUCUGAUACUCCUGGAAUAUCGAAAGAGGAGAAACAGAGGCUGCUCCAUUGCGUUGUGGUUGGAGGUGGACCAACUGGGGUGGAGUUCAGCGGUGAACUCAGUGACUUCAUCAUGAAAGAUGUUCGUCAACGGUAUGCUCAUGUGAAGGACGAUGUUCAUGUUACUUUGAUAGAGGCCAAGGAUAUACUUUCUUCAUUCGAUGAUCGUCUCAGACGCUAUGCUAUCAAGCAGUUGAACAAAUCUGGAGUGCGGUUUGUGCGUGGGAUUGUGAAAGAUGUGAAGCCGCAGAAGCUAAUCCUUGACGAUGGCACAGAAGUUCCCUACGGACUCUUAGUAUGGUCCACUGGUGUAGGUCCUUCUCCUUUUGUUAGUUCUCUUGAUCUUCCAAAAGCUCCUGGUGGAAGAAUUGGUAUUGACCAAUGGAUGCGUGUACCUUCUGUACAAGACGUGUUUGCCAUUGGUGACUGCAGUGGAUAUCUUGAGACCACUGGAAAACCAACCCUUCCUGCUCUUGCUCAGGUAGCUGAGAGAGAAGGCAAAUACUUGGCGAAUCUACUAAAUGAGAUUGGGAAAGCCAAUGGAGGACGAGCCAACAGUGCAAAGGAGAUAGCACUUGGAGUUCCUUUUGUGUAUAAGCACCUUGGAAGCAUGGCAACAAUCGGUAGAUACAAAGCCCUAGUGGACCUCCGCGAGAGCAAGGACGCAAAAGGGAUAUCAAUGACUGGUUUCGUGAGCUGGUUCAUAUGGAGAUCCGCUUAUCUGACUCGAGUCAUCAGCUGGAGAAACCGCUUCUAUGUUGCUAUUAACUGGUUCACUACUUUCGUCUUUGGCCGUGACAUUAGCCGUAUCUGAUGUGUCCGAAUCCACCAGUGUGUUUUGACCUCGGUUUACUUUACACGUCGUCGUUUUUUGUACAAAAUUACAAUAACACAACCUUCUGAAGACUGAGAAGGUUUUAAAUUAUCCUCUUUUUUUUUUUUUGUUGUUACUAAUAAUAUCUUUGGUUGUUGCGAUUACGUUUGAAGAAAAAAGAAUAAUUCAGGGUUAAAUAUUU